UGCCAUACGGACGUAGAAUGCACCACACGUAUUCGGCCGCCGCUGCCUGUUGCUCCGUGGUUACCGUGUAAACAUACUAGUAAAAGCCGAUAUUCUCUGUCGUCGUCGUCGUCGUAAAUAGGUGGAGAGUACGCGCACGUACAUACAGCAUUAUUCUGUUCAAUACAUAUACAUACAUAAAUGUGAUAUUGUUAAUAUAUAAUACAAGUACAAUACAAUAAUAUAAUAAUAAUAAUAUGCUAUAAAUCGUUUUUCACGAGUAUUGUAUUAAUUUUACGUUUUCACGGAAAAAAUCGUUAAAAUAAAAAUAAUAAAAUUCCGUCGUUUUCCGAGUGCAUGUGCGUGUGCGGUUUUCGUCUGCGCGCCGAUCCGAUUUGCCCAAAAAAAUAAAAUAAAAACGGAUUAUACACGUCCGAGACCCGAGGCAAUAUGUGGAACGGAGCGGCCGGUCGCACGGGAAGCAGAGACUCGGUGACUCAGUGAUAAAGUUUCCGCGAACCAGCGGAAGGAAUUAACCGCCGACGCCGGCUCUAUACCGGGUUACAAGGCAGAACCUGAGCGGUAUCGAGCAGCGCUGUCUUGGCGACGGCGGUGUCGCCGUGUACACGCACGCACGCACGCACUAGCACACGCCUACACACGACAGAGACGAUAAUCACGCAUGUCGUCCGCGGUGGACGGACAGCAACAGCAACAGCCGCUGCAGGGCGGUGGCUCACCGCCGAUGGAAGUGGUGUUGGCGCAGCACUGCUGCAAAGAAGAAUCGCCCGGCGUAUCGCCGCCGCACCCGCAGUCCGUCAUGUCGCCGACCAUCGUCCAAGACAUGCCGCCCGAGAGCACGUCGCCCGUGAUGCUGGCCACCAUGCAGCCGGUGAGCGUGGACGAAUUCCAAUCGUCCGAUUACCACCAUCAAAACCACCACCAGCAACAGCAGCAGCACCACCACCACCAACAGCAGCAACACCAACAACAACACCACCAUCAGCAGCAGCCCGACGAUCCGCUGGAUCAGAAGACCGUCAUCUAUAUACCGGGCACCGAUCCGCAGCAGACCAUCAUUUACGAUCCGCAGAAUCCCGCAGGAUCGUUGCCGCCCGGCAUCACGAUCCAGCAGGAUCCGGCCAACGGAUCGGCAGUGUCCGUGUUGGUCCAGGGGCAGGCACAUCACCAGUACAUUGGAGCGCCGGGCACUACCGUGUUGGUCAUGCAGGAGCUAGUCGACGACAUGGGUCACAUACUGCACAGGAGACGGCGGGGUAGCUGCAGCGAGGACGACGAGGUCACCGGCGCCGUUGUUGACGGCGACGGACAGCAUCACCACCGCCGGCGACACGAUCAUCACCGCGACGACGGCAUGGCCGAUUCGGACACGAACGGUGGUGGUGGCGCCGGGGGCGGAGGAGGCGGCGGCGGCGGCGGGGGUGGCGGCGUGACCGAACAACCCGCCGAGCCGGGUGGCUGGAGGUCGUCGUACUACGAACAUCCGCUGACCGCCGCCACGUCGGCCAUGCUCAACAUUUCGGGCGGCGCUGCCGGGGACGAACAGGGCCAACAGUCGGGACAGGGCCAAGGCGGUGCACCGCUCAGUUUCGUCUACGAGUAUUACAAGCUGCCGCACUUGUCCGACUCCGUCAAGGACAAGCAUCUUGCCGACAUAUGGCCAACCACAUCUUCGCCGAACGGUUCACUGUUACCGUCGCAGCUUAAACCGUCCAACGGACUGAUCGGCACCGGUCCAGGAGGACUGGAGAUCGGCGCCGGACACCUGGGCGAUUUGCAGGGACUUUUCCUGCACCAGCAACCGCUUAAGCGCGAGCCCGAGGACUUGAGCCAUCACCGCGGCGGCGGACCACCAAACAAGGGCGGCAACAAUGCGGACGGUCUGAAAACGAUCGGCGGACGUCCCAAAGUGGUGUUGGUCGCGCCCGGCAACAACGGCGGUCAGCAGGACCAGCAGCAACAGCAACUGGUCGUGGACGUCGUAAACAACAAUAACAAUCAGCAGGCGAACAACAACAACAACAACAACAACGCGGUGGGCGGCGUGAAGGAGGAGUACGGCGGUGGACACCAUUCGCCGCAGCACAACAGCCGGUCGAUAAACGGCACGCCGUCGUCCACGUCGUCGCUCAUCACCGAGAUGAACCCGCCGCCGCCGGCCAUCGAGUUGAUCGCCACGCCGGACGGCCUGAAGCCCAUGUACGGCACGCACAUAUUCACCACCAUGUCCGGACAGCACGCGGACAGCGGCACGCCGUCGCCCAACUCGUACGAGCACCAGCAGUACACCACGUCGUCCGUGCUGACGGGCGGCGGCGGUGCCGGCAACCCGGGCGGCUACAUCACCACGUCCGGCGGCCGGGCCCCGUUCGCGGACCCGUACACAUAUCGCGAGUACUUCGGCGGCGCGGGCGCCGGCCCCGAACCGGGCCCGUACGGCUCGCAGAUCGGCACCGGCGGCGGUGGCCGGCAGACCGCGUCCUCCUACGGCGGCGAUGCCUCCGACCCCGGCGCCGUGUCCAACGCCGCGGCCACAGCUUCGUUUGUCGAACGUUACGUCCGACAAAGUUCGUACCACAACAAGGGCGUUAUCGCCGCAGCCGGGCUCACCGUCGACCUGCCGUCGCCCGACAGCGGCAUCGGCGCCGACGCCAUCACGCCACGUGACCAAAACGCCAUCCAACAGUCAUUCGAUUACAACGAGAUGUGCCAAACGCCUAGCAUGUUGGGUGAACACCAAGCACAGCGGACGCCCACCGGAGGACGGUCGAGACCGUGGCACGACUUCGGCAGACAAAACGAUGCGGACAAGAUACAAAUACCAAAAGUAUUCUCCAACUACGGGUUCCGCUAUUAUUUGGAAUCACCGAUCUCCACUAACCAAAGGCGUGAAGACGACAGGGUAACGUACAUCAAUAAAGGCCAGUUCUAUGGCAUUACUAUGGAGUACAUACCAGACCCUGACAAACCGUUGACCAGUCAAACAGUCAAGAGCGUGGUCAUGCUGAUGUUCAGAGAGGAGAAAAGUCCAGAUGACGAAAUCAAAGCGUGGCAAUUUUGGCACGGCAGACAGCACAGCGUCAAACAGCGAAUACUCGAUGCCGACACGAAAAACAGUGCAGGCCUGGUGGGAUGCAUUGAAGAAGUAUCACACAACGCCAUCGCCAUUUAUUGGAACCCUCUGGAGAGUCCGGCAAAAAUCAACGUCGCCGUGCAAUGUCUGAGUACGGAUUUCAGCAGCCAAAAAGGCGUAAAGGGUUUGCCACUGCACCUGCAAAUCGACACCUACGAAGAACCGAGAGACGGACCUGUGUACCACAGGGGAUAUUGUCAAAUCAAAGUUUUCUGUGAUAAGGGAGCCGAAAGGAAGACUAGAGACGAAGAGCGGAGAGCGGCCAAACGGAAAAUGACUGCCACGGGUCGUAAGAAGAUCGACGAACUCUAUCAUCCGCCAUGCGAGCGAUCCGAAUUCUAUUCAAUGAGCGACCUCAACAAACCACCAGUAUUGUUCUCACCCGCCGAGGACAUCGACAAGCUGACGUCAAUGGAACUUCAAGGAUUCUAUGGACAUGACACGGACACGUCUAGUCUGUCAAACGGCGAACCUGGUUCGUUGAAGCACUCGUCGCCUUUCCUGUUGCACUCUGGUGUGGCCAACAAGCCAGCUGGUACGACGACCACGCAGACACUCAAGUUCCACAAUCACUUCCCGCCGGAUACGCAUAACGUAUCUUAUUACAACAGCGAGAAGAAAGAAGUACUGGACCAGAGCGGACUGACCACGGACGGUACGGUUUUCUCGAGUCCGCCCAACAAGCGAACGAAGCUACAAGUGCCGCCCAUUAACGAGCGAGUAAUGCUGUACGUGCGGCAGGACGCCGAGGAUGUGUACACGCCUCUGCACGUCAUACCGCCAACGACCCAGGGACUAUUGAAUGCUAUUGAGGCUAAGUACAAAAUUUCUGCUUCCAGCAUUAGUAACAUGUAUCGAAAAAACAAAAAAGGGAUUACGGCCAAAAUUGAUAAUGAUAUGCUCAAAUAUUAUUGUAAUGAAGAUUCAUUUCUGUUGGAAGUCAGACACGCCGAAGAAAAUGAGAACAUGCUUGAUAUUAUACUGAUUGAAUUUAUGGACCAUUAACAGCCAAUCAAAUUGUUUUUAAAAUGAAAAAUAAAACACUUAAAAAUUCCUAUCAAUUUACCAAGCUAUGCUCAUUUUUUUACUCUUAACAUUAUAUUUUGUUUAAAAAAUAUGUGAAUUUAUUCAAGUUGAUUACGAUUAUAUUAUAUAGUUUUAAAAUAGUUAUUAAAUCUAAAUAAGAUAGUGUACAUAAUUAUAAUAUUAUAGACUAUAUGUUUAUAUUUAAUUGCCAUAUGAACAUUCAUGACGUUAUUUUUAUUGUACUUAAGUGUUUGAUUGAUCACACUAUUAUGAUGACAAAAGUUUUGAAAUUUGCGCACACCUUAUGCUCAGUCAAUUUAUUUUUAAGUUGUUUAAUGAAACAGUAUUUUAGAGAUUUAUUUAA